AUGUUUCGGGGCGCAGACAAGGGCGCCGAUGACAGCAUCACCAACCGUGCCCGCGACACGACGUCCGAGGCUGCGCGCCAAUCCUCACUUGCGCCCGAAAACCGCCUCGGGGGGAGAUGCGACGGACGAUGGCCUGAAACUACAAGCGCGGCGGCCUCCUUGUGGUUGACGAUCAGGUGCGCCUUGAAACUCACCUGCAGCCGGCCGCCAGCAGGCUACGAUCACCCUCAGUGGGUCCCGCUCUCGUCGCUGCACCGGCAAAUGCAGGUCACAGGCACCUAUGUGCUACGCCGAGCUCCCACAUACCUCGGCUCGAAAAAAAACCUGAGCACCUCGCCGAUGGACGCGACGGCGAGAACAGCGACGGCCACAACUGGACGUCCACACUGGACGGCCACCCUGGACGGCCACAACUGGAUGGCCGAGAGCUCGGGCAAGACAAUCCGAGUCUACGCGGCAUUUUCUGAGGCACUUCUGGAGAUGACGGUAAUCCCGUGCGACACGGCAGAUUCUCUUCAGUUUACAGCCAUACCGCCAGUCAUUGUUAUGCAACGCUUGAUCCAGACGGCCAUUGAAUGCGCCCUGGACUACCAGCAGCGAGGCGCACAAAGCGAAUGA